AUGUCAACUUCUAUUCCUCACGAUCCUAAAAAAGCUGCCUUGUUAGUCAUUGAUAUGCAAUGGAAAGGUAAAGAUGAAAUGAUAAUGCGAAGAACUGAAAAGUAUAAAAUUUUGAAAGAAUUGGAUUCAAUUAUCCAGCGAUCAUCAACUUCAAUUGGUACCCUUGACUUUAUCAUCCAAAGUAAAACUCGCUAUGAUGCUUUCUACAAGACCGAACUUAAUUCCUUUCUCACCUCCCUUGGUAUAAAAACACUCAUCAUUUCUGGUAUUAAAACAAACUUAUGCUGUGAGACAACUGCUAAAAGAGCGUUUAAUGAAAAUUAUGAUAUUGUUUUUCUUGAGGAUACGACUGCUGUGGAUACUAAAGAGAUGCAUCAGGCAACUUUAUUGAACAUAGGAUAUGGUUGGGGCAUAGUUACCACUGUUAAUAAUACUGCCGAAUGGCUUUCAACCUUGUCCGUUAAUUAA